CUUAAUCUCACAGCUGACUGCAAUGCCGUUCUUAAAGCUCUACAGCCCAUUUUUCAGGAGCAGGGAAUGACAGAAACAGUGCAUAACUGGGAAGACCAUGGUUAUUUAGCAACCUACAUCAAAAAAAAUGGCAGUUUUGCCAAUUUGAGGAUUCACCCUCAUGGAUUAGUGUUGGUGGAUCUGCAGAGCUACAAUGAUCAUACAAAAGGAAGAGAGGAAGUCGAUGAGCUUCUAAACAAAGUAGAAGAAAGAAUGAAAGAACUGUUUCACGGUAAUAUAAAAAGGGUGAAACGAUUGCCAGCUAUUUUGAGAGGAGGUGACAUUGAUAGAUACUGGCCCACAGCUGAUGGGCGCCUGGUGGAGUACGACAUAGAUAAAGUUGUUUAUGAUGAAGAUUCACCUUUUCAGAAUAUUAAAAUUCUGCAUUCAAAACAGUUUGGGAAUAUUCUUAUCCUCAGUGGGGAUGUUAAUCUGGCAGAGAGUGACCUGGCAUAUACUCAAGCCAUAAUGGGCAGCGGAAAGGAAGACUACACUGGGAAAGAAGUGCUAAUCCUAGGAGGUGGUGAUGGAGGUAUACUGUAUGAGAUUGUCAAACUGAAGCCAAAGAUGGUUACUAUGGUAGAGAUUGACCAAAUGGUGAUCGACGGGUGUAAAAAAUACAUGCGUAAAACAUGUGGAGAUGUCUUAGACAAUCUGAAAGGAGAGUGCUAUCAGGUUCUAAUUGAAGACUGUAUUCCUGUACUGAAGAGGUAUGCCAAAGAAGGAAGGAUGUUUGAUUAUGUAAUUAAUGAUCUGACGGCUGUUCCAAUCUCCACAUCUCCAGAAGAAGAUUCCACAUGGGAAUUUCUGCGGUUGAUUCUUGACCUCUCAAUGAAAGUCCUGAAGCAAGAUGGAAAAUACUUCACACAGGGAAACUGUAUCAAUCUGACUGAUGCCUUGACUCUGUAUGAAGAACAGCUGAGUAGGCUUUAUUGUCCUGUGGAAUUCUCAAAAGAAACUGUGUGUGUUCCCUCCUACAUGGAAUUAUGGGUGUUCUACACUAUUUGGAAGAAACAAACUGACAUCUGAACAUCAAGAUUAUUUGAGAUUAUCCUAAAUGUACAUGCUGCAUGGAGCAUAUAGGCCUGCCAUGUGCUGCAUAUUGGCAUCUUGAACCUUUAAAUUAUAUGCUGUAGAUGAUCCUGAAACUUAGUCAUGCUAUUGAUUGUGAAUUCUUUAAAUGUUUUUUAUUAUUAUUUUAAUUUAAAAGCAAAUGGAAAAUGUAUAUUUUGAUGAGCUAGGUUGUUAUUUUUGAAAGUCAACUUAAAGAUGAAUAAGCAGCAAAACUAUAUAGCUGCUGAAUGCACUGAACCUUUAGAAUGUGAUCCUUUUUAUUUUUUUUGUAGAUCUUCACAAACUGAUUGAUUAAAAAAAGACAUCUUUAGCAUUUCAUCCCUGAAGGGUGGUCCAUGGAGUUUGUUGGUUUUUUUUCCCCCACCGGAUUUUUUUAUCUAUGAUCCUUUUUAAGGAUGGAGGGGUUUUUGUUUGAUUUUUUUAAAAAAGUGAACACCACAGUGCUUCUGUAUAGAGAAGGACAUAACUAAAAGAUUUUUAAAAAAGGAAAAACAAUCUUCUAAAAGGAUAACCCAAAUCCUUCAUUGCAAAGGGAAGAAAGCGAGUCUUAAAUUUUAUUUUCUCUGGUUUCAUUCAUCAUUGCUGUAAUCUCUUCUGCAGGAGAAGAAUCUUUGACCUUUCACCUCAUGGAAUUCUUUAGCUGCUGCCACAUUGAUUAUUUGGAUUUUGAUGUGGAUUUAACAGUAGGUUAUAGAGGCACUUUGAACUCUAUCAGCAUGAAAAUUAAAGCUGGUUUUCCAUCCCACUGCAGUGCAAGAAAUUAAGUGUAAUGAGGUUCUUGUGGGCAUACACUCCUGAAACUUAUGGGACACGUUAGAUUCUUGAAAAAGGAAAGGUCACUUCAGAGGGCAAAGAAAUGUGAAUGUGAGCUAGAUUCAUGUGCACCAGCACUGAAUAUUUUGAGGCAAGUAUGUAUACCUCAGUAGGGUAAGUCCUGGUUGUAUUGCUGCAGACUGACCAUGUUGUGCAGGGCUCUUGCUGAAUGAGGUUCACUUGCAGUGUAAAAAUCAGUGGAAGCUAGGUUGCGUUGUAGUUUUGUUCUAAAACAUAAAGCAUUUUUCUUUAACUCUUUCUCACGUUGUCUGAAGAGUUAUAUUUUUGUAAGAAUGUGCUAAAUACUCACUAAAACUUUGCUUUCAGUGUUUAAAUGAUCCCACUUGAAAUGAGGUAGAAGGGUAUAACCAUUCUGUCCAUUCCUGUACAUUUCCAAGAUAGAAUAAAAAGUGCACUAU